AUGGACAAGGAAAACAAUGUCGCUUCCUCACCAUCCCCGCCUCUCGACGCCGUUGAGAGAAUUCCAGAGGUUGAACUGGUUCUAAGCGCCCUCGAGGAGUCCAACCAUUACGUGGAGACAGAGAAGCCGUCCGCGCUGGGGUUGUCGGGAGAUGAGAUUAACUCUGAGAAUAUAGCUGUGGACAGUGGUCGGGGGCUUGAUGACAGAAAAGCUGGCAUCACCACUCAGCUUGCGUUGGUAGAAGAUGCAGCCACUGCGGAUGAUACCGUUGAGGUCGCUCUUCCAACACUAGAACCACCAAAAUCCCAACCCUCGGGCGAAGUCACGGCGUCUCGCCCUUCAUCUUCUACUGGAAAGACCGCCAAUAAUCCCCAUGUCUCCCGACCGCAGUCGCCAGCGCUAUCAAGCACAAGUGCCUCUUCGGCUGGCGCACAUAAACGUUCUAUGACGAUCUCAAGGGGGCACAAUGUGAAUGUGUCCGUGGUCCUGAUCUCGAGUGCGCUGGAUAUCAUAGCUGCCUCCAAAGAAGCUAAGAGGUCUACACCGCUCCGCGAGAGCACACAGCGGGCACUGGAACUCAUUAGAUCAAACCAAGGUGGAGAUCGACCGCGCGAAAUAUUUGAACCCCUUAGGCUGGCCUGCGAGACGAAAAAUGAGAAACUUACCGUUGCCAGCUUGGAUUGCAUUUCGAAGCUCAUUUCAUAUUCUUUCUUUGCUGAGGACCACACGGAUUAUGCGCACUCUAUUCCAUCGCCGCCUCCUUCACCUCACCCGUCUGGUCGGCGUACCUCAACAACGGGAUCACAUUCCUCAAUUCCGCAGCCAUCUUUGGUGGACCUCGUAGCCCAUACAAUUACGUCAUGUCAUACAGAAACGACACCCGAUCCAGUAUCUUUGCAAAUUGUCAAAGCUCUGCUAUCCCUUGUUUUAUCCCCCACAAUCAUCGUGCAUCACUCUUCACUCUUGAAGGCUGUUCGAACUGUGUACAAUGUUUUUCUUUUAAGUUCGGACCCUGUUAAUCAAAUGGUGGCCCAAGGAGGCUUGACACAAAUGGUUCACCAUGUUUUCACUCGGUGUACUCAAGAAAGCGUCAUCAAAUCUUCAAGUGAUUCCAACGUUCCGCUCAACAACGAAGACAAUCUUCAUGUUUCAAACCCAGAAUCAUUCGCCCUCUCACAGUCAGAAUCCACCCCACAGCCUCAGUCGAAUGGAAGUUCAGAUGGUCUAAACAAUAUAUCCAAGACGGGAACUUCCCAAGAACCUUCGUCUCUCGUGGACUUGCCAAUUGGUGAGGAAAUUGAACGUCACGGAGACGAGGCACAUUCAACUUUACAAAGCUUGGAAACAAGCAUUCCCCCAGAUUCGUCGCCUGAGCAGGAGCAUGAAACCCACCGGCCCACAUUAAACGAUUUAUUCAUCAAAGAUGCAUUCCUUGUUUUCAGAGCCCUCUGCAAACUGACGAUGAAACCUCUGAACACUGAGAGCGAGCGCGAUCCCAAAUCGCAUCCCAUGCGGUCGAAACUUUUGUCGUUGCACUUGGUCCUCACGGUUCUCAACUCACACAUGUCAUUAUUUGUGGAUCCAACGGCAAUUAUUUAUUCAAGCUCCACAAAUGAAGCCACAAAUUUCGUUCAAGCCAUCAACCAAUACCUUUGCCUCAGUUUGAGUCGCAAUGCAGUUAGCCCCGUUCCACAGGUCUUCGAAAUUAGCGUCGAAAUUUUCUGGCGUGUUCUCGCGGGAAUGCGCACCAAGUUGAAAAAAGAAAUUGAGGUCUUAUUACAUGAAAUUUUCAUCCCAAUUCUGGAGAUGAGGACUUCUACACUCAAACAAAAGGCUGUCAUUAUCGGAAUGCUCUCCAGGUUGUGUCAAGAUCCACAAGCAUUGGUGGAGAUCUAUCUUAAUUAUGACUGUGAUAGUGAGGCUGCAGACAACAUUUAUGAGCACUUAAUGAACAUCAUCUCUAAAUUUGGAACUUCGUCAACCCAGUCGCAUCAACAGAAAGGGAACGAACCGCCCAGCCCUGCAUUAAGUCCAACACCAAAAAACCAAACAGGCGCUCCAAUCUCUUGGAGUAACAGUGGUCUAGCAAUAUCUGGAACUAUGGAUACGUCGACCAUGGGGCUCUCCGACGCCCAACUCAGGAGACAGGGUCUUGAGUGUCUUGUCGCUGUUCUUAGAUCUCUUGUGGUGUGGGGAACUGCAGCAACAGGCAAGCUGGCUGACGAAGUGACUGUUGCACUUUCGUCGGCCCGAACCCAAGUAGGCGAUGAUGCGCGUAGAGAUGCUGCCGUCCCAGAACGCGGUCUUGAUAAGCUUCCAGUCCACAGCGGCAGCCUUGAAACACUAAGGCAAUCAACACCCGAUCUGGCAGAUGAUCCCAGCAAAUUCGAGAGCGCCAAACAAAAGAAAACCACAUUAAUGGAGGGUAUCAAGAAGUUCAACUUCAAGCCAAAACGAGGAAUUCAAUUCUUACUUGAAGCCGGUUUUAUUGCGAGCAAGGAUCCCCGCGAUAUCGCAACGUUCCUCCUUACUACCGACGGUCUCAGUAAAUCCAUGAUUGGGGAAUAUUUAGGCGAAGGUGAUGAGGAAAACAUUUCUAUCAUGCAUGCUUUUGUGGAUCAACUCGAUUUCAAGGACCAUCCAUUUAUCGAUGCACUGCGUAUAUUCCUGCAGUCAUUCCGGUUACCUGGUGAAGCUCAGAAGAUUGACCGAUAUAUGCUCAAAUUUGCGGAUCGAUAUAUCGCUGGAAAUCCGAAGACGCCAUUCGCCAACGCUGAUACGGCGUACGUUCUUGCUUACUCGGUCAUCAUGCUAAACACGGACGCGUACAAUCCUCAAGUAAAAAAGCGAAUGACUAAAACUGACUUCAUCAAGAAUAAUCGUGGCAUCAACGACGGUUCGGAUCUUCCUGAGGAGCUCUUAUCAGAAAUUUUUGAAGAUAUAGCCAAUAAUGAGAUCAGAAUGAAGGACGAAGUUGAAGCUGGUCUUAGCGUUGUAUCCACCGGACCCGGGUUUAUUGCCAGCGUCGGAAGAGAUUUACAAAAGGAAGCAUACGUGAUGCAAUCGAAUGGAAUGGCAAACAAAACGGAGGCUUUAUUCCGAACGAUGAUGCGUUCCCAACGAAAGGGUCCCAAAGGCGGCGACCAAUUUUUCAGCGCAUCGCACUUCGUUCAUGUGCGGCCAAUGUUUGAAGUCGCAUGGAUCCCUUUUUUAGCUGGCUUGUCGGGUCCACUGCAGGAGACCGACGAUCUCGAAGUUGUAGAAUUAUGCUUGGACGGGUUCAAGAAUGCCAUCCGAAUUGUGUGCUUUUUUGACUUGGAACUCCAACGAAACGCUUUUGUCACAACGCUUGCCAAGUUCACGUUCUUAAACAACCUUGGGGAGAUGAAAACUAAAAACAUGGAGGCCAUCAAAGCCCUGCUGGAUGUUGCAGUGACAGAAGGCAAUAAUUUGAAAGGGUCAUGGCAUGAGGUGUUGACCUGCGUCAGUCAACUCGAACACAUGCAACUGAUCAGCAGCGGAUUGGACGUUUCAGAUCCAGGAAAGAAAGGACGCACCCACAAACUACCGACAGAGGAGUUAGCCAACGAGAGUCGAUCGACUCACAUCACCGUCGCAGCUGAUAUGGUAUUCUCGUUGAGCCAUUUCCUGUCUGGUACUGCCAUUGUUGAUUUUGUUCAAGCCUUGUGCGACGUCUCAUGGGAAGAAAUACAGUCAUCAGGCCUCUCCCAACAUCCGCGGCUAUUUAGCCUUCAAAAGCUGGUGGAAAUCUCAUAUUAUAAUAUGACCCGUAUCCGGCUUGAGUGGUCCAACCUAUGGGAUAUUCUAGGAGAGCAUUUUAAUCAAGUCUGUUGUCACAACAAUCCACACGUUGGGUUUUUCGCUUUGGACGCUCUUCGCCAACUUGCAAUGCGAUUUUUGGAAAAGGAGGAAUUAGCACAUUUUAAAUUCCAGAAGGAUUUUCUAAAACCCUUUGAGUACACUAUGGUCCAUAAUCAAAAUCCAGAGAUUCGUGACAUGGUCCUUCAAUGUCUACAGCAGAUGAUCCAAGCUAGAGCUCAGAAUAUGCGAUCUGGAUGGCGUACGAUGUUUGGUGUCUUUUCCGCAGCGUCUAGAGUCUUGACAGAACACAUAGCUAGUUCUGCUUUCGAGAUCGUGACUAGGCUCAAUAAAGACCACUUCCCGGCGAUUGUACGAUAUGGCGCGUUCGCCGAUUUAACAGUAUGCAUCACCGAGUUUUCGAAAGUCAGCAAGUACCAAAAAAUCAGCCUCUUGGCAAUUGCGAUGUUGCGAGGCAUAAUCCCAGUUAUGUUAGAAUGUCCCGAGUGUUCAUUCAAGGUCGAUAAUCAAAAUCCGGACCUGCCGAUGGAUGAUGAAAUGAUUCGAUAUUGGUUUCCCGUUCUUUUUGGUUUUUAUGAUAUCAUUAUGAACGGGGAAGACCUCGAAGUCAGGAGACUUGCCCUUGACUCACUCUUCACCACGCUCAAAACUUAUGGUUCAACAUAUCCUUUAGAGUUUUGGGAUACAGUCUGCCAGGAACUGCUUUUCCCUAUGUUUGCGGUGCUCAAGUCAAGCCAAGAUUUAUCACGUUUCAAUACGCAAGAGGACAUGAGCGUCUGGCUUUCAACGACUAUGAUCCAAGCCCUUCGCGAUCUGAUUGAUCUUUAUACCUUCUACUUUGACAUAUUGGAACGUUUUUUGGAUGGCCUGCUCGAUUUACUGUGUGUCUGUAUAUGCCAAGCGCAUUUCUCCAAAUUAGAAAACGAUACUUUAGCUCGGAUUGGCACAUCGUGCUUGCAACAGCUACUUGAAAAUAACAUGACCAAGCUAAGCUCCACGCGGUGGGAAAGAGUUACAACGACAUUCGUGAGGCUUUUCCGGACAACCACUCCACAUCAGCUAUUCGAUGAUAACCUACGAGUUGAAAUUGACGGAAACGCGCCAGAAGUCACUGAGACAGCAGAAUCUAACGGUCUUGCUGCCAUUUUGCCUGCGCCGCUGUCUCCUAGCAGCGAGCAACCUAGAGCAGCCGCAAAAGCAACGCUCGCCGAUCGACGUCGGACUUUCAAGCAGAUUAUUGUAAAAUGUGUUCUUCAGUUGCUUCUCAUCGAAACAACGAAUGACCUUCUGCGAAACGAGAACGUCUACAACACUAUACCCCCCGAACAACUGUUGCGUCUGAUGGGAGUCCUUGAUCACAGUUAUCAAUUUGCGCGUAUGUUCAACGAUGACAAGGAGUUACGCACAGGAUUGUGGAAAGUCGGAUUUAUGAAGCACCUGCCGAACCUGUUGAAACAAGAAUCUAGUAGUGCUGCGACACUGGUUCACGUCCUGUUGCGGAUGUAUUAUGAUUCCCGACCGGAACAUCAAGCCGCUCGUCCUCAAAUCGCUGAACGAUUACUCCCGCUUGGACUUGGAGUCCUUCAGGAUUACAAUAAAUUACGUCCCGAUACCCAAAGCAAAAAUAUUAUUGCUUGGACGCCUGUCGUUGCAGAAAUCCUGGACGGUUUUUGUCGAUUUGACGACAAAGCAUUCUCAAGAUAUCUUCCGGCGAUUUAUCCUUUGGCCAUUGACCUCCUAUCACGAGAAAUGGCGGCCGAAGUUCGUUUGGCAUUAAAAACAUAUUUUGUCCGAGUUGGGUAUGCACACGGCAUCAUAGACGUUUCGGUAUGAACAAUGUAUUAUAAUAAUUCAUCGUAUCCAUAUUCCCGCAUAAUGCAGAAUAAUAGGGGAACCAUGAUGGUUAGUGUUGGUACCCCGUAUAAGACGGGUACACUUGACCCCAUGCAGCUUGGCCAGCCAUUGCUAUGAAUGUGAGUGUCAGAAAGAAGCUGAAAUUAUUAAUACAUACCAUU